UUUCUUUGCAUAAAAGAAGACCGAUGAGUAAUACAUGUUAAAACAUAAAAUCUUCAUCAACAAGACAUUAAACUGCUUCGCAUAUACGAAAGGAGUGGUGUAGCGAAAAAUAAAUAAAGAGUUUAAGUGUUGAAAAAGAAAAUGUUAGCAACAGCCACAUUUGUUGUCUUAUUGAGUCUUGUAGCAGGCCAAGAGCGUUUGUUAUUUUAUUGUGGGUUUGAAACUGAUACUUGUAGUUUGGACACAGCACUCCAACCCUUAACUAAUGCAAAUGCUUGGCAAAGAACUAAUAAGAAAACACCAUCACAAAAUACUGGACCAUCCUUUGCCUAUAAUGGCACCUUCUUUCUUUUCUUUUUAUCCUCUUUACCUAAUAACAUUAACAGUUCAAACUUACCUUUAACUCUUACACUUUCUUCGAGUGCAACAUCCUUACGCCUUAAAUUUGCCCUUCAUGCAUAUGGAUCUGAUAUUCAAUCUUUUAAUAUUCGCUUUUUUAAUGCUAAUAUGGGGCUUUUGAGAGAUGAUCAAGUACUUAGUGGUCAAUUACAAGCAAGUUCAGAUGCUCCUUGGACAGUCGUUGACAAAACAUAUACAUUCACAUCAACAGUAAUGACAAUUCAAUUUGUUGUUGGUUGUACUCCAUAUAAGUUUCAAGCAAAUGUAGCCAUUGAUGAUUUGAGUGUUUAUGGAUCAGGGUCAUGUGGUACAUGUGGUGCAAAUGCUCAAUGUGUAACUAAUAAUAACAUUCAGCAAUGUGUUUGUUUAUCUGGCUUUACUGGGGAUGGAUACACAUGUACUCCAACAGUAUGUACUUCAUGUAGCGCUAAUGCUCAAUGCUUAAAUGUUAAUGGUGCUUUUCAAUGCGUCUGUAAUAAUGGCUAUAUUGGAAAUGGAAAUAUAUGCACACUUGAUAUAUGUAGUACAUGUAGCGCAAAUGCUCAAUGUUUAACUGUUAAUGGUGCUCAACAAUGUGUCUGUAAUAAUGGUUUCACUGGUGAUGGAAAAAUAUGCUCACUUGGAUGUGGUGUAGUUGGAAGAACCUGUGGUACAAAUGCGCAAUGUGUGUCUGUAAAUGGUGUUCAACAAUGUACUUGUUUGAAUGGUUAUUCUGGUGAUGGAAUUACAUGCACACCAUCUGUACCUAGCGUUUGUAAUAACUGUAAUGCUAAUGCUCAAUGUUUAACUGUUAAUGGUGUUCAACAAUGUGUCUGUAAUAAUGGCUAUAUUGGUAAUGGAAUUACAUGCACGUUUGAUAUAUGUAGUACAUGUAGCGCAAAUGCUCAAUGUUUAACUGUUAAUGGUGCUCAACAAUGUGUCUGUAAUAAUGGCUUCACUGGAAAUGGAAAUACAUGCUCACUUGGAUGUGGUGUAGUUGGAAGAACCUGUGGUACAAAUGCCCAAUGUGUGUCUGUAAAUGGUGUUCAACAAUGUACUUGUUUGAACGGUUAUACUGGUGAUGGAAUUACAUGCUCACCAUCAUCUAAUCUUUGUGGAUCAGUUGUAUGCAGUCCAUAUGCAGAUUGUGUUACUGAAUUUAAUUUGCCAGUUUGUAGAUGUAGACAAGGAUAUGUUUGUGGAGAUAAAUGUGUCACAAAUGGUUUAUGUUCAAAUUUUGCAACAUGCUCAGUUGUCAAUGGACUUGAAAAAUGUACAUGUGCUCCAGAAUAUUCUGGUGAUGGUUUAAGUGCUCCUGGAAGUACUGGUUGUAAAAGCAAAUGUGAACUUGCUGCUUGUCCAAUGUACUCUAGUUGCACCCUUAAUUCUGCUUAUGUAGCCUCAUGUCAAUGCAACCCCAAUUUUUUCAGCAACAAUGGUGUCUGUGCUGAUGUAAAUGAAUGUUUAACAUCUGGUUGGUGCCGUGGUGCAAAUACAUACUGUCUCAAUAGCAUUGGUGGUUAUUCUUGCGAAUGCCAGCCAAAUUAUCUUGUAAAUGCAUCAACAUCCGGGCGAGAUCGCAGUUGUCCAACUUUUCAAACAUGUUCUAUUGGGAAAACAUGUAAUUGCACCAACUUAAUAAAUCCUACCUCUGUUCCCUCUAUAACAUUCUUUUAUGGUGUCAAUGAUGCAAACCCAGCCACAGCUCUGCAAUUCUUGAAUAUCUGGUCUGAUGCAAAUGUAAAAGCAUACUGCAAAGCUACGGGAUGUGACCAAGGUAUGCUUGGAGACAUUGUAGCAAAUAUUACAAUAUACGUAAAAAGAGCAGACGAGAUGAUGAGUAAUUCAAUGAAUGCAAUGCAACAAGUUCGCGACUACAUUAAUUGCAACUCUUAUGAAGCACUUGAGCCAGCUUGGUGGAACUUGUAUGACGUGUUGAGCAGUCAGUAUAUUGUCUUUAAACAAGUGAGAAGAGAUCUCGAUAUGAAAUUGACAUUUAUGAUGGAUGAAAGUAAGAGAUGUGAAACUACGAAUGCAGAUUGGUUCCGUAAAUAUCUUGAAUGGCUUUCACCUGUCAAGUUUUAAAUACUUUUCUUCAUUAGCGAAAUUCGGCUAAAACAUGAGCUACCAUCGAAAUUUUGAAUUUUUAUGUAUAUAAGCUUGAAGCUUUUAGUUUUUUAACUUUUUAUUGCUUGUUUUCAAAAAACUGUUUUGUUAAUGACACUUAACGCGUCAAGUACACUGUAUUUUAAAGAUAAAUAUGUAUUUUAUAAAUAUUUACUGUUUUUAAUAAGUAAAAAAAAAACUUUGUAUCUACUGCAAAA